UCUUGGAAAUCUGCUCUCCCGUCAAGUGCGGUAGAGGCGUAAUCAGGAGGGAACAGGGCUGAAGCGCACUGUGCCACAGAGAGCUUUGGAUAUUGAUAAGCCUGUGACGAGGCAGCGGACAGCAAACACCCAUUGUAGGCUACGUACCAUAUAGAGGCGCGCCGUGCGUUAUAAGGAGAGAAUAACCUCGUGUAGGCUACAACGCGUGGAAAAAGGAAAAUAAAAAGGGAUUUUAAUCAACUUGAAGAGUUUUGAUGUCUCGAGGGAUAACCUAGCAUUAGCCUGUAUUAAUGUGUAGUAUAAAUAACAUUUUACUAAUCUAGUCUAGAAUAUUGUUUGUUUGUAAACUUUGUCUGAUAUAUACAAGUAACUUAAAAUGUUUGAAGAUUUUUUUUCUCAUUAUAUUGAUUAUUUUGUAGGAUAAUGUAAGAUGUUUAUUUUAAAGCCAUAGGCUAUAACGUUGGGCGUUUUAAUUUCGCACCUGGACUUUUAAUGUAUCGACUGAUGCCUUAAAAACAUUUUUAAAUUGUGUGAUACCAAACAGUCUGACACUAUCAUCCCGACUGCAGGAGAUUAUUGUGUUUGGAACACACCACAAACACUUCCUUGGGGAUUUAAAGACAUCAAUUGAAAAUGGACCAAAUCAUCUUUUAAAAAGUCGCCUUACUCCUCUAGUGGAAUUUCGAACUGGGUGGACGUUCUGUGUGGGAAGCGUAUCAUUGAGCAGGCUACAAUUGCUAAUUCACUGGAUACUUUGCUGAGACGACAAGUGUAGGUGUCCGUCCACUUGCAAGGCAAGGAGUUCCAAUUCCACAGAGCGAGCCGCUGUCCCCACGCCUAGUGCUGAGGGAGAGACUCGUGCUGUUUCCAUAAAUGCUUGGUCUAUCGCGGAGAAUCCAGCCUGGGCAGCAAGAUGAGCUCGUGGGUUUGGGUUCGGGUUCAGCUGCUCGCGUUGCUUGCGGCAUGUCUGCGGUCGGGCAACGCAGAGGGGGAUCCUCUCCCUCCAGGUUUGGUGGAGCUGGUUAGGAGCAACCCUAUCUCUUCCAUAGAGGACCUGCAGCUGCUGCUGCUCAGUGACUCCGUAGAUGAGGAUUUCUCGGACGAUUUUUUGCCGAGUGGACAACACUCCAACAACACUAGCAACCGAUUGCCAAGGAGUCUGGACGCCCAGCCGGCUCAGCAGGCACUAUGUAAGGUGAGGACAGAGGUGAUGGAGGUGACCCGUGCCAUGUUGGACCGCAGCAACGCCAACUUCAUGUUGUGGCCUCCCUGUGUGGAGGUACAGCGAUGCUCUGGCUGCUGCAACACCAAGAGCCUGCAGUGUGUCCCCGUGCUGACCCACACCAGGCACCUACAGGUGAUGAAGAUCCAGUACGUGGACAAGCGGCCCAACUACUCCAAGGCAGUCGUCUCGGUCCACGACCACGUGGAGUGUCGCUGCCAGCCCGCCCCUCGUCCCCCGGCCGCCCCCAAGAAGAAGUCCACGCCCCGCAGACAGCAGAAAGACAACAAAGGAGAGGGCCAUCCAGCUAAGGCCAGAUCCAAGGAGGAGCUGCACCGCAGAGAUGAGCUGAAGCACAACCAGAGGAUCCAGCUGGAAGACCUGCUGGACCAGCACUGGAACCCCAAGGACACCUCCUCAGACGCAGGGGAGAGGAAAGGGGGCUAUGGGCUGGACCAUGACAAGAUGGAUCCUCAGUGGGUGCUUAACGCUACCAGACAGCUGGGGGAUAACGAGUGGACCGAACCUCGACAUCACGAUGACAUGGAGGAAGGGAGAGACAGUAGUAGUGUCAACGGCACUACAACCGCAAUGGACAUCGACAUGGCACAGCUUGACCACGAGAAGAGAGACGGGGUCGAGACGCGUGGGGACUCGCUAUUUAACAUUACUGAGGGAAAUGUCAGUAGGGGAGAUAGGCGGCAGGGUAGUCUGAGCCUCAGUGAAGAGGAGGGAGACCAAGAGACACAGAGACAAGCCACACAAACACAGAGUCCCUCGCUACGCACCAACACAUCAAAGCAACAGCGACAUGGGACCAACUCCUCCUCAGAGGAAACCAAACGCAGAGAGGGAGCCAAUCAAAGAACAGAACAGCAAUUCCAUCCUACGGAGGAAACCAAUCAGAGGCCCGAGAGCAGAUUCCCUCCCCUUGAGGAAGCUGAUCAAAGACGUAAAGACAAUGAGACCCCUGAUUCAGAGAGGAGCCUCCAGCACGCUCUCCAACUGGAACAGGAGAAGCUGGAGGAGGAGAGGAAGGAGCUGUUUUUACUCCACAGGAGGCUGGACGAUGAGAAGGAGCUCCUGAGACGUGAGCAACAGAAAGAACAGCAAGAAAAAGAGGAGCAGCAGUACCAUCGGCCUAAUCAUAAACAUCAAACUCAAACCACCACAAAUAGAACAGACACAGUUUCGCCCACAUCGACGCGAGCGCCCUCAGUCCUGGCUGGUCCCCGGCCACCUGCUCGGCCCGGCCCAACUAGGAAGAGAAUGAGGAAGAAUAACCGCAAGCGUAUCAGCAAGGCUGCAAUGAGAGCAAUGCUAAUGUAGAACCUACAAUCUCUCUGAAGGGAGUGAUGCUCUCUGUUUGUUGUGGACAAUCCAGUGGCGACACCGAGCAGUUCAGUCCUUUCUUAUGAGUUAAUAUUCGAGUGUCAGUAACCUGCUCGUCCUGUGACCGUGAGGUAUUCCCUAAUAGUACUAAUGAUUGUCUGGUGAACCCAAAACAAACCCUUGGACGGAAAGAAAUAUGGGACAAGAAGAAUGGGAUGUAAAUACAUACGAGGCUGAGGUGAUCCAUCAACAUAUGUCUGAUCCAUCAAAAGAUGAUCUCCUAUUAACAACAAGAUGUUCCCCCAGUCGGAUCAAGAACCGGUGGAACGUCGGAACAGAACAUUCGAACCACAUUAGAACUUUGGAACAGAUCAUUGGAACAACAUUAGAACUUUGGGAGAUAUCAUCGGAACACUGGAUGAACGUUGGAACGUACACAAGGAUGUUGGACUGUCGUUGGACUCAGUGCUAUUGGACCUCCCUCGUGACUUUUGAACAGCAUAGUAAACCACUCCAGUCAGUAGAGAUCAAGUCGGUUAAAAACUCUUCACAUUCUCAUCCAAGGCAUGGUUUAUUAUCCCAAGAAGUGGACAGAUCAUGCUUGUCAAGAAGACCAAAGAGAGAGAGCAUUUUUACGUCAGUCCAAAUCUCCCAUUUCCCUAUGAGCACAAGACGUUGUUUUUUCCUUUGAAAAUACUUUUAAAAAAAAUACAUAUUUCAAAAAUGUUGCUUACUGGGUUCUGACAUGGAAGAAGACAUUUUAUUUUUCGGACUAGAAAGGUACAAUGAUAGAGGACUGGGAAAAUAACAUGGCAAGCAGAUAUUACAGGGACAAUGGGAAAGAAAUGAUGACAUUUAUAUGAGCUAGGACUGUUGGAAUGACUGGUAGUCUUGACUGAUGUGUGCAGUAUCCCUACAAUUGUGCUUCAGCUGCUCUAUAUGUUCUAGUCUAUUCCUGCACUAAGGAAGGUCAAUAGAACUACGCAGCAAAGAUAUUGCAUGUCUCAAUAGUUACACAAUGUAGAAUCUCGUUUUUCUAUACACAUAUUUAAAUGUAUUUAAUUUGAUCUAAAACACUGGAAUUCCAUCAACAACAAUGCACAGGUUUGCAUUCUCAUGUUCAGCCGAGGCUUCCACACUUCUUUCGGAGAAUGGGAUUAAAACAAGAUGCAAGGUGCUAAAAACAGGGUUGCAUUACACCUUUAUGUCUGUCUUUAACAUUAUUUAUUCCUUAUAUCA